GGACGGGCGCCCGGGCGCUGCGAGCGGCGCAUCUACCGCCUGCGCGCCUUCGGCACCGGCUUCACCCUGCACCUGGUGCCCGACUCCCGCUUCGUGGCGCCGGGCUUCAGCGUGCGGCGCCUGGGCGAGUCCCGGGAACGGGCCGAACCGGCGCUGCGCCGCUGCUUCUACUCGGGCGGGCUGAGGGGGCGGCGGGAGUCGCGGGCGGCGGUCAGCCUGUGCCGGGGUAUGCGGGGCCUCUCCGCCGGCUCCCACCACUACCUGAUCGAGCCCCGGGGUCCCGGGGACUCGUUGUCCCGCUCACCUGCUGCGGCGGCGGGGCUGCCCCCCGGCUGCCGCAGCCCGCCCGCCCGCACGCCCGGUGGUGCCGGCAGCCCGCCCGCCCGCACGCCCGGUGCCGGCACCGCCGCCCGCGCCCGCCGCUUCGUGUCCGAGGCGCGCUACAUGGAGACGCUGCUGGUGGCCGACGCAUCGAUGGCACGGCUGCAUGGCGACGAGCUGCCGCAUUACCUGCUGACGCUGAUGGCCGUGGUGGCCGGACUCUACCGCGACCCCAGCAUCCGCAACCUGCUGCAUGUGGUGGUGGUCCGGCUGCUGGUGGCCGGGGACGGGGACGGGACCGGGGACGGCCCCCAGGUCUCCACCAACGCCGGCCUCACCCUGCGCCGUUUCUGCGCCUGGCAGCGGCGCUUCAACCCGCCCAGCGACCGGCCACCCGAGCACUUCGACACAGCGCUGCUCUUCACCCGCCAGGACAUCUGUGGUCACAAGAGCUGUGACACCCUGGGGGUGGCAGACACGGGCACCAUGUGUGAUCCAAGCCGGAGCUGUGCUGUGAUUGAAGAUAAUGGACUUCAGGCAGCAUACACCACGGCGCAUGAACUGGGUCAUGAAUUGAGUAUGCCACAUGAUGAUUCAAAGGCAUGUGAAAAGCUGUUUGGCCAGAUGAAGUUAAACCAUGUGAUGGCUCCAUUGUUCAUUCGACUCAAUAGCACUCUGCCUUGGUCUCCUUGUAGUGCAUUUCAUGUUACAGAGUUCUUUGACAAUGGUCACGGAGACUGUCUGCUGGACGCCCCUGUUCAAUCGCUCUCAUUACCCACUGAACUGCCAGGGCAGGUAUAUGACCUGGACGCACAGUGCCAGCAGAUUUUCGGAGAAGAAUACAGACACUGUCCAAACACGUCGGACUCUGAUGUGUGUUCUCAGUUAUGGUGCAGGAUUGAAGAUAAACCAGAGUGUCACAAAAAUGGAAGCCUCCUUUGGGCAGAUGGGACUCCGUGUGGGGAGGGCACAAUCUGCCUCGAUGGGCUGUGUCUGACCACCGAGAUUAUAAACGGAAAGGGAAGCUGGGGUUCUUGGAGUCCCUGGGGAGAAUGUUCCAGAAGUUGUGGUGGGGGCGUGCAGUUUUCAUUCAGAGAAUGCAAUGACCCAGUGCCCCAGACCAGUGGGAAAUACUGUUGAGGGCAGCGAACACGCUACCGAUCCUGCAGUACACAAGAUUGUCCAAAUACUAAUGGAAAGAGCUUCAGAGAGGAGCAGUGUGAGAAGUACAACAGCUGGAAUUACAAAGACUUGAUUGGCAAUGCAGUUAAAUGGAUACCCAAAUACUCAGGAGUAUCCCCAAGAGACCGUUGUAAACUGUUCUGCCGUGUCAGAGGGAGAAGUGAAUUCAAAGUAUUUGAACCCAAAGUAAUUGAUGGCACUCCAUGUGGCCCAGAAACCACAUCAGUCUGUGUCCAUGGUCAGUGUGUGAAGGCUGGCUGUGAUCAUGUCAUUGGAUCCAGUAAGAAAUUCGACAAGUGUGCUGUUUGUGGUGGGAAUAGCUCAACAUGCAGGAAGAUAACUGGCUCUCUGAAUAAGUCCAAGUAUGGCUACAACAACAUUGUUACUAUCGCCGCUGGAGCCACCAAUAUUGAUGUCAAGCAACGGAGUCAUAAAGGAAUUAAACAUGAUGGGAAUUACCUGGCUGUGAAGCUGUUGGAUGAUACGUACAUUCUGAAUGGAGACUAUUCUGUGAUCACAGUAGAGCAAUAUAUUCCACUUGGAGGGGCUAUUCUCAAGUAUAGUGGCUCUUCUACCACCCUGGAAAGAAUUCAGAGUUUCAAACAGCUGCAGGAGCCACUGACGAUCCAGUUGUUGUCGAUCAGCACCGAUACACUGCCUCCCAGGGUAAAGUAUAGUUUCUUCAUCCCCAAUGAUGUCUUACUGAGCAAGCAAAAAGCCAAAUCAACCAAGGAGUCCCCUAAUGCCUUCAAGCAAGCCAUCGUCUCUCAGUAUACCCUUGGAGAAUGGUCCGAAUGUUCUCGUAGCUGUGGAUCUGGUUGGCAGAGGAGAAAUGUGGAGUGCAAGGACAAUGAUGGCAAUCUGUCCUUGGACUGUAACAAGGCAUUGAAGCCAGAAGACAUCAGACCCUGUGCUGACAUGCCAUGCCCACUUUGGCAGCUGGGCCCCUGGUCCCCCUGCUCAAGAACUUGUGGCAAGGGGGAGAGAAAGCGCAGUGUGUUGUGCAUUGAAUACACUGGCAAAACUGCAGAGGAGGAUAAAUGUGACCCUUCUAAACAGCCCAAGGCCACGACUGAGGAGUGCUUCCAACAGGAAUGUUAAACGUGGCUACUUUUUCAGUGGAAAGUGAUAUAAUUGACAGCCCGUUACUAACUGGACUCAAUCCUGUUUAGUUUCAGGUUGUGUAACCAUAGAUAAAUGGAGAAAAUGCACUAACUGACCAAAAAGGUCAAUAAUGUAGACUCAUUUGAUGUAUUAAAACACUAAAUACCACUGUUUAUCUUCUCUUUGUUGUUUGCCAGAGAGCUAUCUACCUCAGUGAUGCUAAGAACGUUGCCUUUCAGAAGUCAGGCUAACAUACUGUAAUUGUUUCUUAAGCUGCUGUUCCAGUCUUAACUCUCAAUAAGUCUGCCAUUGCAAAGGUGACAAACCUGUAAUCAUAGUAACUGUAAUUUAAUAAAUAAGGUACUGUCUGUAAUAGUUUAAUAUACAUCCCACACAUGUGUGUAUAUUUUAUAGAAGAUUUUAAAAGUAAUUCAGAUGUAGCAUUCCAAUAUUGUAUAUAGUGUACCUGAAGUGUCAUACCUUCAAUGAAGGAGAGUAGGUAUUUUUAAGCUUCCUUUCAAAGCUAUUUAUUUUUGUACUGGUUAUAUUUUCAAAUUGUUUUUUAGAUGCUGCUGUUACAACCCAAGAGACUUGUUUUCCUCUUUUUAUAUAGAUGCUUACUUUGUACACUUGGCUCCUGUGUGACAAAUAAUAAGACUCCAGUCAAACUGGGAGCAAAUUAAAAUCUGCUUAAUUUUAUAAAAACUUAUCAAAUCUUUGUUAUAAACUUUGCCACUUUAGUAAUGCAGAAUUUGCUUUAUCUACAGCCUUG